GUGAGGUUAAGUGUCCCUCAUAUCUUUGUCAGAAUCACAUUUGAAAUAAGUUUUGGAAUCAUUCUUUUUGUGCAUCAAUCAACCUUACAGAAGUGAUGAACAGAGAAGUUAAGGUCAAUUACCCCAAAAGGAGGACUCAAUUAAAAGAAAGUAAACAGCAAGGUCUCCAGCCUCCAGUAAGAAGAAAUAUGUACGAAAUCGUUCUAGAAAAUUUUCAAAUUGCUCGAAGGGUAACUUUUUUACAUCGAAUAAUUUACGUGGGAGAGCACACUUUUCCCCCAAACGGUGAUAUGAUUAAACAAUGUUUCUCCAGUUGCAUCAAUAUAGUUAAUGAUAGCAACUGUUUAGAAAGCCUUACUGGAUUUUUAUUGUACUAUAACCGAUAUUUCGUACAUUUAGUUGAGGGUGAUGAAGAUUCUUUGAAUGCACAUAUUGGUAUAUUGCUAUCAAAUGAGAAAUUCCAAAAGCAUUUGAAGGUCAUGAAAUUGAUCAUAAAUGUUUCACAUAUAAACCAGAGGUUCAUCAUGAACUGGAACUGCUGUUCUGGUGUCCCAUCGAAAUUGCUCAGCGAAUUCGACGAGAAUUGUUCCCUGGAAGAUUCAGGACGAAUCAUCUUCAAUUGCGUCAAGAAAAUGUAUGCUACUGUCACCAGUUUCGUCGAAGACAGCUACUCGCCUGAUACACGUUUGCUUGGGAAGACUAGUCUAGCCUUCGGACGAGAGUCAGUAAUAAAUCGCUCGGCCAUGAUGGAUUCUUCAUUCCAGCGGCACAGCAGUCGUAAUAUGAGCAGUCAAUCCCUUAGAUCGGGCAGUGUAGGGGGUGGUGUGAGCAACCCCUAUAGAUCAACCUUACCGGAGAUAGAAGUGCUGAAUUUUAUAAUCAAUUCCAACUUCACGCAACAUCUUUCUGAUUAUUACUCCAAAUAUGGGGUAGUUCCUCAGAGAGACAUCUACAAAGACAAAGUUUGGCCUGUCCCAAGCGACUUCAUACCUUAUGACAUUUUCACGAAGCUUUAUGAGAAUGUGACAGAAUUACCAAAGUCGAAGCCGAAAACAAAUCAAACAGAAACAACAAACGAAAAUGAUCAUGAAGAAAAUGUUACAGAUGAUCUCUUACAAGAAACAGUGGAAGCUACUAUAAUUGAUGACAAUUAAAAUGAAAAUAUUA